AUGUCUAACAUUGUCGGUAUUGAAUAUAACCGUGUGACUAAUACAACUUCGAAUGAUUUCCCUGGGUUUUCAUCCUCCGGUGAUAAUGCAUGGGACGUCGAAAAGUUUAGAGAAUCUUUUGAUGUGAAAAUUAGCUCAAUGAAUGAAAGAGAAGCUAACUUUGACUUGGUUCACAUUGACACUUCCGUUGCUAAUGCCUUCCGUCGUAUAAUGAUAUCUGAAGUUCCAGCUGUUGCAGUUGAAUACGUUUACUUCUUGAAUAACACAUCGGUUAUCCAAGAUGAAGUAUUGGCUCAUAGAAUUGGUUUGGUUCCAUUAAAAGUCGAUCCAGAUAUGUUGACGUGGAUUGACAGCUCUUUACCAGACGAUGAAAAAUUCACUGAUGAAAAUACUAUCGUCUUAACAUUAAAUGUCAAAUGUACCAGAAAUCCAGAUGCCCCAAGAGAUUGUACCGAUCCAAAUAUUCUUUAUAGAAACUCCAACGUUUAUGCAAGCGAUUUAAAAUUUGAACCACAGGGUAAGCAAGUAGAAACUUUUGCUAACAAUGCUGUUGUCCCAUGUGAUCCAAAAAUCUUACUAGCUAAGCUAAGGCCAGGUCAAGAAAUUUCUUUGAGAGCACAUUGUAUUUUGGGUAUUGGUAGUGAUCAUGCUAAAUUCUCCCCAGUUGCAACAGCUUCUUAUAGAUUACUACCUCAUAUCGAAAUCACUGAACCUAUAACAGGUGAGUCUGCCAAGAGGUUCCAAAAAUGUUUCCCAGCCGGCGUUAUUGGCAUAAAAGAAAAUGGUGAUGCAUAUGUACAAGAUUCAAGAAAAGAUACUGUUUCUAGAGAAGUAUACAGACAUGAGGAAUUCAAUGGUAAAGUUAAACUGGGAAGAAUAAGAGAUCAUUUUGUUUUCAAUGUUGAAAGUACCGGCGCUAUGACACCAGAAGAAAUUUUUUUCAAAUCUGUCAGAAUAUUGAAAAACAAGGCUGAAUAUUUGAAAAAUUGUCCUAUUGGCCAAUAA